CCGGAAGGUCAACGUGUGAAGGGGUCUGUAGUAACCGGGUCUUCCCUCGGUUAUUUGGCGAAACGGCUGAGCUCACGACCUCGGCCUGAGCAGACGGCGGAAAGCAGACGGCCUGGGAGUUUGACAUCAUGGAAGGCGGCGGGGGAAGCAGCAACAAAACCACAGGGGGGCUGGCCGGCUUUUUCGGAGCCGGCGGAGCUGGUUACUCUCACGCGGAUUUGGCCGGAGUUCCCCUGACUGGUAUGAACCCUCUGUCACCUUAUUUAAAUGUGGAUCCUCGAUACCUCGUUCAGGAUACAGAUGAAUUUAUUUUACCAACUGGCGCAAAUAAAACCCGGGGCAGAUUUGAAUUGGCGUUCUUUACCAUAGGAGGAUGCUGCAUGACAGGCGCUGCAUUUGGGGCAAUGAAUGGUCUACGCCUAGGAUUGAAGGAAACACAAAACAUGGCCUGGUCCAAACCAAAAAAUGUUCAGAUUUUGAAUAUGCUGACCAGGCAAGGGGCACUUUGGGCUAAUACGCUAGGUUCUCUAGCUUUGCUCUAUAGCGCAUUUGGUGUUAUCAUUGAAAAAACGCGAGGUGCGGAAGAUGACCUCAACACAGUAGCAGCUGGAACCAUGACAGGCAUGUUGUAUAAAUGUACAGGUGGUCUUCGAGGAGUAGCACGAGGUGGUCUAGCAGGACUAACAUUUACCAGCCUCUAUGCACUAUAUAAUAACUGGGAGCACAUGAAAGGCUCUUUAAUCCAGCAGUCGCUCUGAAGAUCUUGCCAGCUUGUGAGAGGAGGACCUGGAGAUUGUUUUGGUGAAAUGAAACUCAUCAAGAGUGGCACUCUAGCCACAGAGCCAAACUCUUUAAAGGCUGAGAGUAAUAUGGUUUUCUUCUGCUUUGGAGACUGCACAUAUUACCCCUUAAAGAAUAAAAUCACUGAGUACCAGAAUUCAGGUCAUCUUUGUUGUCAGCUAUAUCACCAAGUUUGUUGAUUUAACAAAACUGAACUGUUAAUGUUCUCCCUGUGUUCAUAAAGGCUUAAAUAAAGAGCCAUAAUCUCAACGAAA